UACUGUGUGUUAGCAUUUAGUUUGCGAAAAUUUUGUUAAGUUUCAUGUAAAAAAAACACAAAAUGUUAGUCUCCGACGUGGGCGAUGUGAAAAUCUACAAUCUCAGUGCUGGAAAAGCGUUACCCGAUUGGUUGUCGGAUCAGAAAAAACGUGAAGCGCAGCGAAAAAAUGUCGAUAUAAAUAGGCGCAUUGAGUUGAUUCAAGAUUUCGACAUGCCAUGUGUAGCUACGAGCGUCGAACUAUCACCAGAUGGGCAGUACAUUCUAGCGACGGGGACGUACAAACCGCGGGUGAAGUGCUACGACGUGAAUAACCUUUCUCUGAAAUUCGAAAGAUGCUUCGAUUCGGAGGCGGUCAAGUUUAAGAUAUUAAGCGAAGAUUACAGUAAAAUAGCUUUCCUUCAAGCUGACCGGUACGUAGAAUUUCAUGCUGCACACGGGAGACACUAUCGACUAAGGAUACCGCGCUUCGGAAGGGAUUUGGACUAUCACAAACCUUCGUGUGAUUUGUUUCUUGUUGGGACGUCAUCGGAAAUUUACCGAUUAAACACGGAAAGAGGACAGUUUCUACAACCCUAUGCCACGUCCGCUAGCAGCAUAAAUGCUUGCGAAGUAAACCCAGAACAUCACCUACUUUGUGUGGGAACACAGGAAGGCACCGUGGAAGCAUGGGAUCCGCGAGACAAGCAACGCUGUGGAAUACUGGAUAUUGCUUUCAGUAUCCAAAAUAACGAACAACUUCCAUCAGUUUCGGCGUUGAAAUUUAAAGAUGGUUUGCACAUGGCCGUAGGAACCGCGUCUGGUCACGUUCUUCUGUACGACAUUCGAGCGAAAGAACCACUGCUAGUUAAAGACCACCUCAAUCAAUUAUGUGUCACAAAGAUUGACUUCAACAAGGAACAAAACGUCGUUUAUUCUUUGGAUAAAGCGAUGUUGAAGAUCUGGAACGAAAACACCGGAAAACAAAUUGCCUACGUUGAAUCAAACAGUAACUUCAACGAUUUUACAACCUCUCCCAAAAGCGGACUUUUCUUCUUCGCCCAGGAAGAUUCGAGAAUGAUGAGCUACUAUAUUCCCAGUCUGGGCCCUGCUCCGCGUUGGUGUUCAUUCUUGGAUAACUUGACCGAAGAAAUCGAAUCGGAAACUGUGCAAAACAUCUACGACGAUUACAAGUUUAUCACUAAACAGGAACUGGCUGAUUUAGGACUGAAUCACCUAGAAGGAACUAACAUGUUACGAGCGUAUAUGCACGGCUACUUCAUAGACAUCCGGUUGUACAAUAAGGCAAAGGCACUCGCGGAUCCGUUUGCCUUCGAGCGCUAUCGCAAGGAAAAGAUUGCCAAACAGAUCGAACAGUCCCGCCCGUCACGAUUGCAGCUUAAAUCGAAGCUACCGAAAGUUAAUGCUGAUUUGGCAGAAAAACUACUCACUGAACAGGAAUUGGGUAGUGGAAAGCUGAAAUCAGCAGCAAGUGAUUUGCUGACCGAUGAUCGAUUCAAGAGUAUGUUCGACAAUCCCGACUUUGAGAUCGACAAAACGGCCCACGCGUACCGAUUGCUAAAUCCGGUGCUUACCCGUUUGGAUAAGGCUCACUCGAAAAAGCUUAAGGCGCGAGAGGAAGCUGCCGCUGCUGCAGCAGAGAGACAAGCGGAUAGUGAAGGCGGUAGUACGGACGAGGACUUGUUCAGCGAGAGAGACGAGAGUUCAGAUGAUGAUCAAGCUUGGACGAAGGAAGUCAAGAAGGAAUACAAAAAGAUAAGGCAAGAAACGAGACGCGAGCAGACGGAAGCGGAUACAGAUGAUGACGCCGCCGAUGGGGCAAGGUUCCAAGUUCAGGAAAAGGAAGAUUUCAACAUCGGUCAACGGAGCGUGAAUAUUAGCAGGGCCGGUUUGGGAAAGCGUUUGGCCGCCAGCAAGCCAGCGCAGGUGAAAAUGAUUGGUGGACUUGGAAACUGUCAGAUGACGUUCACCACAGGGAAGAAACGGGCUAACUUUGACCGGAAGCGCCAGGCAGAGCUGAAGAAACAUCGGGAAGAACGAAGACAGGUGAUACGGCCGACCACUAGUUUGGGAUUGAAAAAGAGGCAGAAGAAGUAGAAUAAUGGAUAGUAACGGUAUAACUUGCAAAAGUUAAAUAUUAAAUUAAUCGAAAAAAGCAAUGUUCCUUAAUUAGAAAACAAUUUGAGAAAAUCACAGAUGUACUUCAUUAAUUGGAUAAAGUUUUAAAUUGAUAAAAUGAAGUAGAUUCAAAUGUCGAUUAUC